AAAAGAACGUUGUCUAAUUAUACUCUAAUUAUCUCUUAACUUUAAAAUAUUUCCACUUGCUCCAGUUCACAAAUCUCACUCUCCUUCACUGCUCGGUAAACCUCUCUCUCUCUCUCUCUCUCUCUCUCUCUCUCUCUCUCCCCCUGAAGUAGGAGGAGAACAAGAUGGGAUCAGUAACGCUGAAAAUUGGAGAUGGCACUGCCAGAUUCAAGAGAGCUACUGUGUGCUCCUCAGCAGUCAACAUUCUUAUGAUGUUCUCUGUUAUCUCCACUAAUCUCUUUGCUUUAUAUGCCUUCACAUCCUCUGCCAAAUACCAUCAAAAUCAUCUCUUUCAUAACACCCACAAGAACAUCUCUCUAAUCUCUGAACAAGUCUCUCUAAUCCUUAAGGAGAUUGAUUCUUCUCAAAAAGAGCUUGCAAAAAUGGAAAGAGAGCUCUUAGGCUAUGAAACCAUCGAUAUUUCGAGACCCAAUAUUGCAAAUGAGCUUAAAAUUUUUCUACAACGCCACCAGCUGCCUCUUGGUAAAGAUUCGAGAACUGCGAUUACUGAAAUGGUGGCAUCUGUGGGGCAUUCUUGUGAGAAAUCUGCAGAUUUGUUGUCUCAGUACAUGACUUACAAGGUCUCUGGGCCUUGUCCUGAUGACUGGAGCCUUGGCCAGAAACUGAUUUUGCGUGGAUGCGAGCCUUUACCGAGAAGGAGAUGCUUUGCCAAGUCUGUUCCUAAGGUGGGUCUUUCCCCUUUUCCUAUUUCUCUAUGGAGGCCUGUCAGUGAAAAGAUACUAACUUGGAGUGGUCUUGGUUGCAAGAAUUUUGGGUGCUUACAUAAAAAGAAAUUGAGUAGGGAAUGUGUUGAUUGCUUUGAUUUGGCUAGUGCGCAUGAAAAUCAAAAGUUUGUGAAUGCUAAAAGCAAGAGUGAUUUUCUUACUGAUGAUGUGUUAGCUUUAGCAAGUGGAGGAAUUAGAAUAGGAUUUGAUAUUGGUGGCGGGUCUGGAAGUUUUGCUGCUAGAAUGGCAGAGAGAAAUGUUACUGUGAUCACUGACACUUUGAACAUCGAUGCUCCAUUUAGUGAAUUCAUUGCAGCAAGAGGGCUUUUCCCUCUGUAUUUGAGCCUAGAUCAUAGGUUCCCUUUCUAUGAUAAUGUGUUUGAUUUGAUCCAUGCAUCUAGUGGACUAGAUGUGGGGGCCAAACCUGAAAAAUUGGAGUUCCUAAUGUUUGACAUUGAUCGCAUUUUGAGAGCUGGUGGAUUGUUUUGGUUGGAUAACUUCUGUUGCACUGAUGAGGAGAAGAAGAAGACUUUGACUCGAUUGAUAGAGCGGUUUGGUUAUAAAAAGCUGAAAUGGGUUGUGGGAGAGAAGGUAGAUACAGCAGCAGGCUCAGGCCAAUCUGAGAUUUAUUUAUCUGCAGUGCUGCAAAAGCCAGCAAGAGUAUGAAAUGUGAUGAUUAUGGUUUCUACUUUCUACAGAAAGCUGCAAGAGUUAAGGAUAUCACUCAAACUUUCUGGAUGCUUCUUUUUUUUUCUUUUGCACAGAAUUUGUGUAUGUUCAUUGCCCCAAAAAUCAUGAUGAAAUUUGUUUAAAGGUGCAACAAGUAUAUCAAUUGUUACUUUUCUCAACCGCAAACCGGCAGUGGAAGGUGAUAUGACUGUUCUGUAAUUUAAGAUAACUGUUUUUGUACUUUACUAUAUACUUUAGUUUUGUUUUAGUUACCCAAGCUAAAGCAAAUAUUAGAAAAUGGAAAAUUUUAUAUUGUAUUCUUGAAUCA